AUGGAUGAGCUGCAACGAAUCAAGAGAGACCUAAAACGCCUCAGGACCGCAAUUCCACCGCUGCCCACACCGGAUACGCUUUACGAUGAUAUCGUCGAUGACUGCCGCAAUGUCAUGAGGACGAUCGAGUCGUUUGAUGAGCUUCGCAAGGACAUCGAGUAUUUCUAUCAUACUAACUUGCGAUAUGGCGAAUUGGAACGCGAGGCACAAAUACUGGAGCUCAAGGCAGAAAACUGCAAGCUUAAGCUGCAGUCUUUACGCCAACACUUGCGAUUGUUGUUCUCUGUAAUUCCUAUCCUAAUUGCGACGAAAGCGAUUUCAGUACUGGCAUGGAGAGCGAAAAUGCAGGAGGCCCAAAGUUACGUGAUGCGAGAUGGACAAGAAAAAGAACUGCUGACGAGCCAGAAAGACAUCGAGGUCAUUGUGAACGAUCAGCUGCAAGGAAUGGAUGAAUUUUUUUACUGCGAUUCGCGAAAUCCGUUCUAG